GAUACCUGAUAAACAGGAAAAUAUUGAUACAGAUGAAGGAACCAUUAUCAGAAGAUAAAUCAGAUUUCUGAGAAGAGACUUUGCAUUUAUUUCUGCUUAAUGCUACCUGGCAAACCUACAUUUUUAUUCUCUUGAAAUCACAGCUUGCACAGCACGCGUUCUGAAAAGAGGAGGAAAGUAUGAGACAGAUCAAGUCAAGUUAAGAUCUGCAGAAAUACAGUGGCAAUCUUUAAACUGGAAGAAGAUCUCAUUAAGCAGCAAAGGAAUUUACCUACCCUACAACUUUAAUUUUAGAUUGCUCUGGUUAUUCUUAGAUAAGAACAUUUAUUUUACCUUUCCGUGUCUACUCAGCCCCCACAGACUGUAAAGAGCCCUAUGAUGGAAGAAUUUGAAUUUAGUGUGAAACAACUGCAGCCAAAUGUCAUAUCUGUUCGCCUAUACAAACGUAAAGUGGGUGGCCUGGGUUUCUUAGUUAAACAAAGAAGAAAUAAACCCCCUGUCAUCAUCUCUGAUUUAAUCCGGGGUGGUGCAGCAGAGCAGAGUGGGUUGGUACAGGUAGGUGACAUUAUAUUGGCUGUAAAUGAUAGGCCACUUGUAGAUGCCAGCUAUGAAAAUGCCCUGGAAACUCUACGUAGUAUUGCUUCGGAGACCUUUGUUGUGCUCAUUCUUAGGGGUCCUGAGGGUUUCACAACCCACUUGGAGACCACCUUUACUGGAGAUGGAACUCCCAAGACUAUCAGAGUCACAAGGCCCCUGUGUCCCAAAUCCAAGUCAACUGACCUGUCCAGUCAGAGUCUUUAUAGCAAAGACCAGAAUAAUAUGGUGGACAGUGCUACAAGCUCUGCUGGUUCUUCUUGGCAGGAAGUUCACCAGCUACUUCACUUAAAUGGACUUGAGGGAGUAAAAGGGGAUGACAUCAGUAUCAGUCCAUGCUUUAAUGGGGGAACAGAGAACAAUGAGAUCCUGAAAGAGAUUGAACCUGUCGUAAGUGUCCUAAAGAAUACAAAAAAAGAGCUUAAUGGAGAUGACCAUUGUGAUGUGGAGCGGAAGGAUGUAGAAGUCCAGGUGGAAAGGGACUUAAAUGAUCAAUCAAUGCAACCUGAACCUCAAAGCAUGGAGAACAAUCAACCAUAUAAUGAUUUAUGGAGAAACAACAACAUGCCUGUAGUUUUAAAUAAUCCUUACCGGGAAUGUGAUCAGGUCUCAUCCUCUGGGAGACAGUCUCCAUCAAAGAAUGCAGUGAAUGGAAGUCCUUCCAAGUGUCCUCGUUAUAUGAAAAUACGGAACUGGGAAACAAAUUCUAUGCUACAUGACACACUACAUGUCAAGGCUUCUAUGCCAACGCCAUGUUCACCACACAUUUGUAUGGGUGCUGUUAUGACUCCCCCACAGCAUGUCCGCAAACCAGAAGAUAUUCGGACAAAGGAGCAACUGCUUUCUCUUGCUAAGGAAUUCAUUGACCAGUAUUACUCUUCAAUUAAAAGGUUUGGUUCCAAAGCUCACCUAGAACGACUAGAAGAAGUAACCAAGGAGAUUGAAGAAACUGAUACCUACCAGCUGAGAGACACUGAACUUAUAUAUGGGGCUAAGCAUGCCUGGCGCAAUGCAUCUCGCUGUGUUGGCAGGAUCCAGUGGUCUAAACUUCAGGUGUUUGAUGCUCGGGACUGUACUACUGCUCAUGGGAUGUACAAUUACAUCUGUAACCACAUAAAAUAUGCCACAAACAAAGGCAACCUCAGAUCAGCGAUAACAAUAUUCCCCCAGAGAACUGAUGGGAAACAUGACUUCAGGAUUUGGAAUGCUCAGCUAAUUCGCUAUGCAGGAUACAAGCAGCCUGAUGGUUCGGUUCUGGGAGACCCCGCCAAUGUGGAAUUAACAGAGAUUUGCAUUCAGCAAGGCUGGAAAGCCCCUUAUGGACGUUUUGACAUCCUCCCUCUUGUUCUUCAAGCAGAUGGCAAUGACCCAGAAUUGUUUGAGAUUCCCCCAGAGAUGAUCAUGGAAGUUCAAAUCAGGCACCCCAAACUAGAAUGGUUUAAGGAUCUAGGACUGAAGUGGUACGGGCUACCUGCUGUAGCAAGCAUGCUUUUGGAAAUUGGAGGUGUAGAGUUCACUGCAUGCCCCUUCAGUGGAUGGUACAUGGGAACUGAAAUUGGUGUUCGAGAUUACUGUGACAACUCUCGCUAUAACAUACUGGAGGAAGUGGCAAACAGAAUGAAUCUAGACACACGCAAAAUGUCUUCACUAUGGAAGGACCAAGCCCUGGUUGAGAUUAAUAUUGCUGUUCUUUACAGUUUCCAGAGUGAUAAAGUGACAAUAGUGGAUCAUCACUCUGCUACAGAAUCCUUCAUCAAGCACAUGGAAAAUGAAUACCGAUGUCGAGGAGGCUGCCCGGCUGAUUGGGUCUGGAUUGUACCGCCAAUGUCUGGGAGUAUUACUCCAGUAUUCCAUCAGGAAAUGUUAAAUUAUCGCCUUACGCCUUCAUUUGAGUAUCAGCCUGACCCUUGGAAUACGCAUAUAUGGAAAGGAGCUAAUGGGACACCCACAAAGAAACGAGCUAUCGGCUUUAAAAAGUUGGCCAAGGCAGUAAAGUUUUCUGCUAAGUUAAUGGGGCAAGCUAUGGCAAAGAGAGUAAAAGCUACAAUCCUCUAUGCGACAGAGACCGGGAAAUCACAAGUCUAUGCAAAAACAUUAUGUGAAAUUUUCAAGCACGCCUUUGAUGCCAAGGUUACGUCACUGGAUGAAUAUGACAUUGUCCAUUUAGAGCAUGAGACGCUUGUCUUAGUGGUUACCAGCACCUUUGGAAAUGGUGACCCACCAGAAAAUGGAGAGAAAUUUGGCUGUGCUUUGAUGGAGAUGAGGCAUCCAAACUCUAACCUGGAAGAGAGGACGAGCUACAAAGUUCGCUUCAACAGUGUUUCUUCAUCUGCUGACGCUCGGAAAUCAUCUGGUGAUGAGACAAGACCCAGAGAUAAUUUUGGAAGUGCAGGUCCUUUGGCUAAUGUUAGAUUCUCAGCCUUUGGUCUUGGCUCACGAGCAUAUCCCCAUUUCUGUGCCUUUGCCCGUGCUGUGGAUACUUUACUGGAAGAAUUGGGAGGUGAACGUAUCAUGAAGAUGGGAGAAGGGGAUGAACUUUGUGGACAAGAAGAAUCUUUUAGAACUUGGGCCAAAAAAGUAUUUAAGGCUGCAUGUGACGUUUUUUGUGUAGGAGAUGACGUGAAUAUUGAAAAAGCAAACAACUCACUGAUCAGCAAUGAUCGAAGCUGGAAGAGGAGCAAAUACCGAAUAAGUUUUGUGGCUGAGGCACCAGAACUUUGUCAAGCUCUAUACAGCAUUCACAAAAAGAAAGUGUACGGAGCACGUAUGUUGUGUCGCCAGAACUUGCAAAGCUCAAAAUCCAGUCGAUCUACCAUAUUCCUUCGACUUCACACCAAUGGUCACCAAGAACUAAGGUAUAAACCAGGUGACCACUUAGGAGUGUUUCCUGGCAACCAUGAAGAUCUAGUCAAUGCUUUGAUUGAGAGGUUGGAAGAUGCUUUUCCAGUCAACCAGCUGGUCAGAGUCGAAAUGCUGGAGGAAAGAAAUACUGCCUUAGGUGUGAUCAGCAACUGGACAGAGGAAGAGAGGAUCCCACCAUGCACCAUCUUCCAAGCCUUUAAAUAUUUCCUAGAUAUCACAACUCCUCCCACCCCAAUACUAAUGCAGCAAUUUGCACUACUUGCUACUGAUGAGAAGGAAAAGAAACGUCUGGAGAUACUGAGCAAGGGCUUGCAAGAGUAUGAAGAAUGGAAAUGGUAUAAGAACCCAACUAUUGUAGAAGUGUUGGAAGAGUUUCCCUCCAUGGAGGUGCCGUCAUCAUUGCUGCUUACUCAGUUACCAUUGUUGCAGCCUCGUUACUACUCCAUCAGCUCCUCUCCAGACAUGUAUCCUGAUGAGGUUCACCUUACUGUUGCUGUAGUUACCUACAGUACAAGAGAUGGUAAUGGGCCAGUACAUCACGGGGUCUGCUCCGCUUGGCUUAACAGAAUACAGACAGAUGAAAUUGUGCCAUGUUUUGUGAGAGGAGCUCCAAAUUUCCAGAUGCCUGAGGAUCCUCACGUUCCCUGUAUCCUGAUUGGACCAGGAACUGGCAUUGCCCCAUUCAGAAGCUUUUGGCAGCAACGUCUAUUUGAAAUGCAGCACAAAGGACUUAAGCCUUGUCCUAUGAUACUGGUAUUUGGGUGCAGAGAGUCCAAAAUUGACCACAUCUACAAAGAAGAAGCCUUGCUUGCCAAAAGCAAAGGAGUGUUUAAAGAACUGUUUACUGCAUAUUCCCGGGAGCCAAACAAACCAAAGAAAUAUGUCCAAGACGUACUGCAAGAAAAGCUGUCUGAAGUGACUUACAAGGCCCUGAAGGAACAAGGAGGGCAUAUAUAUGUAUGUGGAGAUGUUACUAUGGCUGGUGAUGUCCUGAAGAGUCUCCAGCAUAUUGUGAAACAACAUGGGAACCUAACUCCUGAAGAGGCCGGAGUCUUUGUCAGCAAGCUGAGAGAUGACAACAGAUACCAUGAAGAUAUUUUUGGAGUCACACUCCGGACAUACGAAGUCACAAAUCGUCUCAGAUCUGAAUCUAUUGCUUUUAUUGAAGAAAGCAAAAAGGACUCUGAUGAGUAA